GGAGAUUGGACACAGGGAGCAGAGAGGGGAAGCAGGUCUCCAGUGAGGGACAAUGGGCUCUCUCUCAUCUUUGUGGCUGUGUCUGGCCCUGCCAACUGGGCUCUGGGCCUCACAUGUCACUCUGCUGGUGGAGGGGAACAAUACUGCCACGAGGAUCUGCAAGCCUGCCCCCUCCUGGGACAUCAAUGGCAAGGCACCCAUGAAGGAGCUGCAGGGAGAUGUGGUGGUAGUGGCCCUCCUGAAGGCUAGCUGACAGCUCUGUCUCCAGCAGGCGGCCAAUCUUGGACACCUGCAGGAGAAGCUGAACCGUAGCAACAUGACAGGGGUGUCCUUCCUGAUCGUCAAUGAGCAGAGGGCUUUAUCCAGAGCCAUGUACUGGGAGCUGAAGAGGAGGGCGCCCCCUAGUGUUCCUGUGUACCAGCAAGCACCUUUUCAAGAAGAUGUGUGGGACAUCCUGGAUGGAGACAAAGAUGACUUUCUCGUCUAUGACAGAUGUGGUCUUCUGACUUUCCAUGUAGUCCUUCCAUAUAGUUUGCUGAAUUUUCCCUAUGUGGAGGCUGCCAUCAGAGCUACUUAUUUUAGAAAUAUUUGCAACUGCAUAGCCCAUUCCAACCAUACCACCAGUUUCGGCAGUUUCCUGAACAAUAACUCGUCACAACCGGAUCAGACGACACCUGUCCCUUCAGUACCUACAGCAGAGGAAACUAACCCAUCACACCAUCACCACCACCACCAUCAUCAUCACCACCAUCACCAAUCCCACCAGCACCACAACCACUCACAACCAACCCAGGGAUAUAUCCAACAAGACUCAGAUCCGACACAAUUCUCUGGAAAGGAGCAGUCCUAAAGUUAUUGUCACUAUCUAUUAGCACAACUGCCAUAGCAACUAACAAUUCAAAAGUAAAUGUUAUUCAAUGUGGUCCGUAAACAGGAAACUCAACACGAGGAUACAACUUUUUGUUACUGUCAGGAUAAUAUAAUGACGCUGACAAUGACAUUUAAUCCAUAAGGCAAGUAUAAUAAUACAGAUAUUGGUGCUGUUGUAUAUACACCGUAGGUUUGUCACUUGAUGAUAAGGUUAAGCUUUUGUAAUUUUUCUUUUUAUUGCUUAUAAAAUACCAUAUUAUGAAUGCGACCAUCACACUCUAACAGCAUACAGUAGUAAUAUGUUUAAUAUUAGCUGACUGAUAACAUUGUGAAUAUCUUCCUGUCUCUGUGUGGUUGAGGUGAGCCAAUAUGUCCAGUGAAUGAAAUCUGCAGUGAAAACCUGACAUCAGGAAGCUGCGGGUGGAUGUAUGUGGAGAUGUACUGACUCACUACCAACCAAACAGUAAAUCAACAAGUUUACUUCAUAAAUUGUUAUCUUUCAGGCAAUACUAAUGCUACUUACUACUUAUAUAGCAUGCGCAAUCUCCACAUGGUUAAUUGCAAAUGUACCACAGGAUAUCAAUUUAAUUAGUUUGUUACAAGGGUAGUAUUUGUUUUUUUCAUUGUAUUUACUCUGUGUGUAAAGUAUACAAUAAAGUUAUCUAUUCUUUAUUGUAUUUUU